AUGUCUUCGAAUACGACUGCACCUCACAACGGUCAAGAGCACGAUCAGCAGUUGCGCGCCCAAGUCGAGCUCCUCCGCGGCGAGAACGAGCAGCGUCAAGGCGCAGCGGACGACGCGCACCACAGCGAGCACCCACAACAACAGAGUGCCUCGCCCCAGGAAACAUCGUCGAAUGGAUUCGACCCCACUGCCGCUGCUUCCCGCGACGUUAAACGCGCCCUGAACCGCCCCGAAGCUGAGCACCAGUACAUCCACCCGGACCUACGCGGCCAAGAAGAAGCGCAAGCCCAGGCCCCAACCGCCAACAUGGCGGCUACGCAAUCAAAGAGCGAGCCGUCGCAGCAGGAGACGACGGUGCAACAGCAGCAAACCCAACCGCAACCGCAACCACCGCAACAACCACAGCAGCAGCAACACCUUCAGCCUCACCCGCAGCCCCAUCCACAGCAGGAUCAACACCUGCACGGCCAGCCCGAUCAGCACAUGCAGCAACAGCUUCCGCCGCGACAGAUAGCCGACCAGAGUCUACAGGCGGCAGCUGGGCCCAACAUUGCGCCGGCCCCUCCAUCUGACGAUCCAGAGGCCCUGCAGCGCUGGCAUGACGGACGAUCACGGCCAAACCGUGAGCUAUCGCAAACAAAGCGCGCGGCACAGAAUCGCGCAGCGCAGCGAGCAUUCCGCGCAAGGAAAGAAACCAUGAUCAAGCGAUUGGAACAGGAAAACGAAGACUUUCGGAAGAUGGAGCAGACGUACCGCCAGGGCAAGAUCGACCUAUACCGUAUGAGGCAGUAUGCUUUGCAUCUUCAGUCCCGUCUAUAUGAUGUGACCGGCGAAAUACCCCAGCCUCCACCGGGACUGGACAUGGCACAGCCUGAAGAGCCGCCACGUCCCAUGACACCCGAAUACAUCCGAAAUGCCAAGGGUCUCGAGGCCGUUGCGCGAGCCGUAGCUGGCCUUGAGGCUGCCAGUGGCGCGUCAAGUGAGAAAUCCGAGGACCAGGAGAUGAAGGACAGCCCUGGACCUGCCGCGCCCGCCCAAGAACCGCUGCCUGCACAGGCUUCCGAGGCAUAG